UGAACGUCCCGGUAUGUCGUCGCUAACACUCACGACGUGAAACGUUUCACUUUCGGUCUUUAUCGCGAGGCGACGUCGUCUACUCUCGUACUCAAACAACAACUUUUUCGGUGUACCGGGGCAAUCCGUGGCUGAAACGAUGAGGGCACUUGUAUGCUCCGUCUGCCUCCUUCUGCUGCUCCUCACGGGUCCGUCCGUGGCCAAAGAAUCUGCACCCAAGGUUCAGGUGUACACUCGGGCCCCAGGAGAGUAUGGGAAAGACAACACCCUCAUCUGCCAUGUCAGUGGAUUCCAUCCUCCUGAAAUCACCAUCGAGCUGCUCAGGAAUGGAAAAGAAAUACCUGAGGCCAAGCAGACCGACCUGGCCUUUGAAGAGAACUGGCACUAUCACAUGACCAAACACGUGCCGUUCACCCCAAACAAGGGAGACGAGUUCGGAUGCAGAGUGACUCACCUGGGGAAAAAGAACGCAUAUGCUUGGGAGCCAGAUAUGUAAGUUCUACAUGCACACUGCUUCAGGUCUCCUCAACAGGAUGAAGUUUGGAAUAUUUCUGGAAUCUGGGAAUUGUCUAAAGCAGUGGAUUUGACUACAAAGAUUUGAGCUUCAGAAAAUUAAAAGACUGCACUCUGAUUGGCUCCCUGGAUAAAAACAGUGAGCCAAUUGAACGCUUGAACACAGUGACACCCAAACUCAGACUGUCGUCAUCAAAAUGAAACAUUGUGUUUCAGUUUAUUGUAGCCACCUAGCUCAAAUAUCAUUUUUCCCUGUUUGUCAUCAGCAACGUGUGGCCAUAAGUGCCUUAGACAAGGCUACACUGUACCUGUAACACAUGUGGCCCAUUUGUGAAGCGUCACACUGUUAGCACAGGCUGUGGGUCAGAGGCGAUGUUCUGCACUCUGAAGCACUCAUGGUUUUAUUAAUAGAGUUUGUGUAACAUGGUUCAGUUAAAUGAGCUGGCAUUCACACAGCAGCUCUCUUUCUUACUGCCCACUGAAUUCACUUUAGACCCGAGCCCAAACAUCUACAGACUCCUAUAAACUAGCUGCUGAGGGCAGUGGCAGAAUAAAUGCUAAUGUCAUUUGCUGUAGAUGGUUUCAAAUACAUUUUGUGAGGCAUUUCUCUGUAAACAGAUAUGCUCUCAGGACUUAAAGAUAUAGAUUUCUGGUGUGCGAGGCCACUUUCAGUGAUUAUAUGUAACGCACUCCACAAAUGCUCCACAUACCAACGCGUGCAGUGUAGCCAUGGAACAGAAAUGAAGUGAAAUAGUUACAGAAGUGAAAGAUUUCCCUCCACAAAUUCUCAAACCUACAUGAAGAAAAUAGGAAAUUAUUUUCAUUAAUGGUGAUUUUUGGUGUUUGGUGGUGUCAGUUCGAGUGGGUGUCCACAGAAGUAAUGCCUAAAUUUACAGUGAUCGGGCCGCAUCAUCAUCAUUAUUAUUAAGAAAAUACUGCUUUAUGGAUCUCGUGAUUUAAAAAACUUUGUGGUGAUGGUGGUGAAAGUUAGAUGUUUGUGUUGCUUUUGAUGUUAAAUCUAUGAAACCUUAAAGAUUUCCAUUUUGUUGCAAUGAGGUAAUUAAUAUAAAUGUAUGUCUAUAAUUUGUGUACUUUUGUUUGACUAUAAAGUUUAUUUUCUUAAAACACAAUUUUCCUUUUGAGUUUUAUGAAACUGAAUGACUCCAAACAUAUCAUAUUGUUUCUGAAACAUUAAUGAGUUAACCAGCUGGCUCAGGUUUUAAUCUGACAUAGAAAACUAUACCAUGUAAAUUCACCAUCGUUGAGUCAUUUUAAUAAAUAAUUUAACCGGUAAA